AUGGCGUCUUUGAGACUGAAGCUACCGUUGCAAUUUAGCUAAAAUCAGUCGAUAGCCUGAAUAUCGAAAUGGAGAAAAAUGCAAACCUGCAUCGAGACACUGAUGGGAGCUCUUUGUGUGCCACGAUUGCGGGAGAAAUGGGCGAUGUUCCGUCUGUGGGUGGAGUGAAAGGAACAGCCGACAAAUGCAAGAAUAGUGAGGCUCCUCUCAGUACUUUGGUUAACGUUAGUUGUACUAUCAGCACCACAAAUGUUAGCACUCCAAGCGCCGUUAAUGUUGUCUCUAGUGCUGGGAAGUCUGAUUUGCCAGAAGUUGUCGAAGUUCUAUCUGUGCAGGAAGAUCGGAAGAAAAACAACGAUGCGACCGGGUCGUGGUUGGGAUCCGGGGAUCAGAUCAGUAACGGGAUGGGGAAUGACUCGGUCCUGGUAGCAGAAGACAGCCAGGGUGGUGCCUCAAAGUUAGUAAACAACAAAAGCGACGGCCCGCCCUCACCUCCCGCUAAUGACAACACAGACGCUCAAGCCAACAUUUCAACAUAUGGAGAAAGUGAACCGACAAAACUUGCCAAACCAAUUCACCAGGCUCCGGACAAUGCAGUCACAAUAGACGUCAAGUCGGGGCUGUCCGUUGAUCCCACCUUAUCGGAGGGAUUGCCGAGUGGGAGUGACCCCGAUCCCAGCCUUGGUGGAGAAUCCCGAAGCAUAGAUUCACUUGAGUCCUUCUCCAACCUUAACUCUUGCCCCAGUUCUGACCUCAAUAGUGAGGGACUGGAGGACAGGGGACAGGCUGUAGUCUUGCAGAGUGAGUUUGGGGCUGAUGGGACAAAGACUUCGUGCGUAAAAGACCGGUCCGCCGGCCAGUCCGUAUACCACAUUAAGUGGAUGAAAUGGAGAGAGGAGAACACACCGAUCAUCACCCAGAACGAGAAUGGCCCCUGUCCAUUACUAGCAAUCAUGAAUGUCCUCCUGCUUGCCUGGAAGGUUAAGAUGCCACCUAUGAUGGAAAUUAUAACUGCUGAGCAACUGAUGGAGUAUCUUGGUGACUAUAUUCUGGAAACCAAACCUAAGGAGAUAUCAGAGGCUCAGCGGCUAAACUAUGAGCAGAACAUGAGCGAUGCCAUGGCAGUGUUACACAAGCUGCAGACGGGGCUGGAUGUGAACGUCAAGUUUACAGGAGUGCGCGUGUUUGAGUACACCCCAGAAUGCAUUGUGUUUGAUCUGCUUGACAUCCCUCUUUACCAUGGCUGGCUUGUUGAUCCCCAGAUGCAUGACAUUGUCAAGGCAGUUGGCAACUGCAGCUACAACCAGCUGGUUGAGAAGAUAAUAUCCUGCAAACAGUCUGACAACAGUGAGCUGGCAGGGGAAGGUAUUGUAGCAGAGCAGUUUCUGAGCAGCACGGCUACUCAGCUGACUUACCAUGGCUUAUGUGAGCUCACAUCCACUGUGCAGGAGGGAGAGCUCUGUGUCUUCUUCAGGAAUAACCACUUCAGCACCAUGAUCAAAUACAAGGGGCAGCUGUACCUUCUGGUGACAGACCAGGGUUUCCUGACAGAAGAGAAAGUCGUCUGGGAGAGUCUGCAUAAUGUUGAUGGAGAUGGAAACUUCUGUGAUUCAGAAUUCCGGUUGCGGCCUCCUUCAGACCCAGAGACUGUGUACCGUGGCCAGCAGGAUCAGAUAGACCAGGACUAUCUGAUGGCACUGUCACUACAGCAGGAGCAGCAAAGCCAAGACCUGCAGUGGGAGCAACUCCCUGAAGGCAUCAGUGAUCUUGAGCUGGCGAAAAAACUUCAGGAGGAGGAGGACAGACGAGCCUCCCAAUACUACCAGGAGCAAGAACAGGAGCAGGCGGCAGCAGCACAGCAGGGUCAGCAGGAGCUUGUGGAGGGAGGUGAGGCAGACAGAGGAGGUGCAGGAGCAGCUGGAGCAGCAGCCAGUCCUGGGACUGCAGCAGCAGCCGGAGCCACACCCAGCCCUGGAAAACAAUCUUCAGGCGGAGAACGCAAAGCCAAGAAAGAGUCAAAAGAUAAAGACAAGUGUGUUAUUUUGUAACAUACAGCUUGUCUGUUUGAGUAUGCAUUUGUGUCUUGUGCAUUUGCUUAUUUGUGUGAAAGGAGAUGGAAUUUGUUUCUCCGCGAACUGGACGCACUGCGUGCGGCGACUACUUGACAACAAACAAGGGAAGGAGAUAAUAGAGAAGAUAUAAGACUCACAGAGGAUUGGCUGUUCCCAAACCACUGGUGCCUGCUUUCCUCCAUCCUCAGUGGAACCUGAACAUCGGAGGAAGUGACACUACAAUAACUACAACUAUCCAUUAUCUUUCAUAGAGUCGGCCAAACUUUGUUACAAGUUGCACAGUGCACUAUAUUUGUGAUGUGGAGUCAAAUUUAUCUGGGUGAUGCAUUUUAUAGAAAACAAGACAACCUAAAGAAGCAAAGCAUCACCCUCUCACAAGGAAAAAAUAUUCAUUUCAUUCUUCACUCAUACAGCGUAUAAGCUUUUUUUUUUUGUAUGCAUCAUUAUUUACACAACUUUAUUUACAAAGAUCCAUUCUUUUU